AGUAGGCAAGAACCUGUCAAUUGUACCCCCUAGUGCAACUAGUGCAACUUUUCCACAACCUGCUCCAUCUAAAGUUGAGAAGUGCAAAACUGUUCGCAAUCCCUCCCCAACGACUGCUUUAAUUGCAGAGAGAGAAAAUGUGACAGUAAGAAAACAUAGAGCACCAAAAGUACCCCAGUCCACAGACAGACCAAAAGCAAUUCAUGAUAUCCCUCAUUGCUACUGCAACCUGAAAGCAGUGAUGAAUAAAUCUUAUGAUCAGGAUGGUGGAGUAUUUUUUACUUGUCCCGAAAAGGAUUCUACCAAGAGCUGUCAAUAUUACAAGUGGGAUGGUAGUAUGUCUAUGUUUCUUGAAGCUGAAACCAGCGCCAAUCCAAGUGAAAACUCUUGUUUCCUUUGUAAACAGCAAGGUCUGCCAACUGAAGACUCAGCCCAUAAAUGUGCAAUCUGCAACAAGCCAGUCCAUGCUUUUGGCUGCUCUGUUGAGAUCCCAGGUGGAGAGGAGGGCUAUGGUGGAUCUGAUCGCCAGUGCCUUUCUUGUGCCAAGGGUGAGAUCUUUUACUUUGCUGGUUUCAUCUUUGUUGGUGCAUUGCAAUACUUUUUGUUGCACUGUAAGUUAAUUUUGGGAGGGGUGGGGAGGGGGAAGGGAAUUAACAGUUUUUUUUUUGUUUUGUUUAGGUAUUAUAAAUCCUCUAAAGGAUUCCAUCAGUCCUUUUAAGGACUCAGACUGUCCUUUUGAGGACAAAAAGUCCAUUUGUGGACUAACAUAAUUUUGGUGAUUCUCAUUCAACAUCCCACCACACAUCAAUUACAAUUGGCAAAAAUGAAUCAACU